AUGUCUCUCCUCAACCUACCAAACGAGCUUCUAUUUGCUAUUGCAAAAGAGCUCCCCAGAGAAAAGUCGGUCAGUGCACUGGCCCGAACAAAUCGCUUUUUAUUCUCGGCCCUGAACGACUACCUCUAUGCGCACAAUGUUCGGCACCACAAUGCCUCCGCACUCUACUGGGCCGCCAAAAAUGGAAAUACGGUUACCGCUGCAAAUUCGAUCACAAAUGGAGCAGACGUCAAUGCUCAAAAGUCCCAAGCUGUAGCUCUCGCACUGAGAGGCAAGCAGUUAAAAAUGACUUGCUUCCUUCUCGCAAAGGGGGCCGAUCCCAAUUGCACAGACAACAGCGGCGAAAGUCUCCUGUGGUCGGCCUCCCACAUCAGGCUCAUGGGGUUUGUUCAGGCCCUGCUCAACAAUGGAACCGAUCCAAACAUCAGAAACAAUCAAGGCGAGACUGUGCUAUUCCGGGCGGUACGGUUUAGCUACUUACCAAUAGUUCGUCUUCUUAUUGAUUCUCCAAAAGGCGUGGACGUAAAUGCUAUCGACAGGUCUGGCCAGACACCGCUAUAUGAUCUCAUCUCGACGUGGACCAUUACUCGUCGGAGGGUCUUCAGACUCCUUUUGGAACGCGGUGCUAAUGCAGAGCAUGCCGAUAAUGAUGGCACUACACCACUCAUUCACGCUAUACGCUAUUACAAUGAGGAUGCUGUCAGACUAUUGCUUCAGCACCAAGUCAACCUCCAGCAUACGGACAAAAACGGCAAGUCUGCAUUGCAUGUUGCAGUUGAAAAUGGGCGCGCAUUUCUCGUCAUGCUUAUCGUUAGCUACGGUGCAAACAUUGAAGCCAAGAACGCCCAGGGCAGAUCGCCAUUGCAUCUCGCCGUUAGUCGUGACGACCAAGACAUUACUUUAUUCCUUCUUGGCAAAGGUGCUAAUCCCGAAACCAAAGAUUCUGAGCGCCGAACGCCUUUGCAUACUGCAGCUGGAUCUAUAGCUCUCGGUAUGAUUCUACUUGGUAGGGGCGUAAAAGCAUGCGUCCCCGAUAUCCAAGGAAAUACCCCGUUGCAUCUCGCCGCCAAAGCCGGUAAUGAAACUGUUGUUAAACGGCUUCUUGAGCUACGUGCAGAUGCUGGGUAUGUGGACCAUUCUGGCAGAACUCCGUUGCACAUGGCAGCUGCGGCCGGGAGUGAACCAAUCAUCGAACUUCUCCUCCGCCAUGGUGCACACUCGAAUCCUAAGGAUAUCAGUGGCUUAACCCCAUCGGAUUAUGCGCCAGUCGGAACUCAUCAGUCAGUCAAAGAUUUUAUUGCCAAAAGGCGGCAGAGAACCUGA